GAGCAGUAGGUGUGGUGGCUGGCGCGCUCGUCAUCUCCAGUAUAACAGGCAGGGGAAGUGGAUGCUCGGGCGCGGCUGUGCAGUGAGUGUGCUCUGUAGCAGUCCUCGGUGGACACAGGUCUUUGGAUUCCCCGGUUCCCUUUAACUCAACAUGUCGGCUGUAUGGGCUGGUAACAGAGGAACUGUGAAGGACUUCCCAGGUUUUAAUGCAGGUAAAGAUGCUGAUGCAGUAAGGAAAGCAAUCAAGGGCCUUGGGACUGAUGAAGAUUCCUUAAUCAGUGUUCUUACACAAAGGUCAAAUUCACAGAGACAACUUAUUGCAAAAGAAUAUUUGUCAGCAUGUGGGAAGGAACUAAAGGAUGACUUGAAAGGUGAUCUGUCGGGCAACUUUGAACAUCUUAUGGUUUCUCUAAUAUUGCCUCCAGCUGUAUUUGAUGCGAAACAGCUGAAGAAGGCUAUGAAGGGCACAGGAACAUCUGAAAACAUACUAAUAGAAAUCCUGGCAUCCCGAACCAGCAAGCAAAUAAAAGAAGUGGGGGAUGCUUUCUACUCAGCAUAUAGUAAAAGCCUUGGAGAUGACAUCAGUUCGGAGACAUCAGGUGACUUCCGAAAGGCAUUGCUGUUUUUGGCCAAUGCUAGACGUGAUGAAAGUUCAAAAGUGGAUGAACAUCUUGCUAAAAAGGAUGCAGAGAUUCUGUACAAUGCUGGCGAGAAAAAAUGGGGUACAGAUGAAGAUAAAUUUAUUGAAAUACUGUGUUUGAGAAGCUUUUCACAGCUUAGGCUAACAUUUGAUGAAUAUAAGAAUAUCUGCAAAAAAACUAUUGAGGAGAGCAUAAAGAGUGAGAUUUCUGGUCACCUGGAAGAUCUUCUGAUUGCAAUAGUGAAGUGUGCAAGUAACACUCCUGCUUUUUUUGCUGAAAGACUGCACAAAGCUUUGAAGGGUGCUGGAACAGAUGAAUUCACUUUGACAAGAAUAAUGGUCUCCAGAUCAGAUAUCGAUCUUGCGGAUAUCCGUGCAGAAUACAAAAAGCUUGCUGGGGAGUCUUUAUUCUCUGCUAUUAAGUCUGAUACCUCAGGGGAUUAUGGGGAAGCCCUGCUAAAGCUGUGCGGAGGUGAUGACUGAGAUGGAACAUAAAUGAGAAAAAAAAAUGAAGAAAAAUAGCUAAUAUUAUUAGAGACACUUUUUUUAAAAAAAAAUUGUUUUCCUGCUGCAUGUUAACACCUUUACUGCAGAACAGCUGCUAAAUAAACUCUGUAUUACUGUAAUUGGCUACACUAAAAUGGUGUUCCAACACUAUACUGAUGUACUCCUAUUGUGUUCUAUAUUUUGACCAAUGUUUUCUACAAUAGCAAGAGAAAUCAGGAGUGAAUAAAACACUUUGUUCAUAG